AUGCAGUCUAACAAACUAUGCGUAAAACUCCUUCAUACAUUGUAUGGUCACACCUCCGAUGUUAAUUCAUGUAUAUUUUCACCCAAACUUUUGGUCUCAUGUUCGUCAGAUAAAACAAUACGUGCUUGGAAUUUGGACACAUUAAUGGAAAAUGGAACUAUAUCUCCAUUAAAAAAACAUACAUAUCAAGUACAUUGUGUAUCUUUUUCACCUAUUGAACAAUAUAAUUAUUUAGCAUCCGUAUCAACUGAUGGCACGUGUCUAAUAUGGGAUUGCAAAAGUGGUAGCGUCAUUAAAAACAUUCAGCAUGAGAGUCAAUCACCCAUACGAGUAUGCCAAUUUUCAUCGGAUGGUUUAUUAUUAGCAACAGCUGGCGAUGAUGAACUUAUUAAUUUAUGGGACAUAGAAAAUGAUAAAACAUGUAGUAUGAAACCAUUAAAAACAUUUACAGGCCAUUCAGCUACAAUUGUUACGCUUAAAUUUAUAUUUAAUAAUCAAUAUUUGAUCUCCGGAUCAUUCUACGGUGAUAUUAAAUUAUGGAUGGUGAAUACGUCUUAUAAAGCUGCACUCCAUUUCGAGCGAGAAGCACAUGAUUUAGGCGUUACAUGUUUAGAUACGAAAUAUAAUUUUGUUGAAAAAAUUGAAACAAGUUCAGUUGAACUUAGUAAACAUGAUAAAACUACGAAAAAUGAUGGAAAGACGAUAUUGGAUGAUGAACUAAUGAAUCAAGAACAACAAUAUCGAACAGAUGAAUAUGAAUUAAUUGCGUCGGGUGGAAAUGAUAAUAACGUUAAAUUAUGGCAAGCUACAACCUCUUCAUUGAAAUAUAUGCGUACAUUAUCUCGGCAUGCGUGUGCUGUUAUGUGUGUAGCUUAUUCUCCAAUAGAGUCAAGUCAUUUAUUAGCUUCAGGAAGUGGUGAUAAAACAAUAAUUAUCUGGGAUUAUAUUUCUGGACAAUUGUUAACACAAUUUGAAGCACAUGAACGAUAUGUAACUACGUGUUCGUUUUCAUUUAAUGGAAAACUGUUAGCUAGUGGCUCAAAUGAUCGUUUAGUGAAAUUAUGGACAAUUAUAAUGGAUGAAAAUGAAAAAGAAUAUCAAAAUUCAAAUGCUGCAUAUGAACAUACUUUACCGAUAGAUAAAUGGACAAAUGAGACAGUUGAACAGUGGUUAAAUAAGAUUGGUAUUACACAACAUAAACAGUUAUUUCAUGGAAAAGAUUUAUUAAAUAAAUCGGAUAGAGAAUUAAUUAAUUUAUUGCAACUAGAUCAAAACAAUUGUCAAACAUUUCUAAAUGAAUUAAAUCGUUUGAGACACAAAUAUUUUAUUGAACAAUUACGAUCAACAACAGCAAGAGUAAACCAAAAUACAUUAAUGAACAUUAACGCCUACACUUUACCUAAUGAAUUUCUUUGUCCAAUAACGCAUGAACUAAUGUUAGAGCCAAUGUGUGCAUCUGAUGGUUACAGUUAUGAAAAACAUGCUAUUGAACAAUGGAUAUUGCAAAAGAAAACCAGUCCAAUAACUAAUUUACCAUUGAAACAUCAAUCAUUAUAUCCAAAUAAAAUAUUAAAAAUGUUAAUCGAAAAACAUUUUAUGCAAAAGAAUAUAAGCAGUUGA